AUGACGAUAAAGGUUAUUCUUGGUGCUCAAUGGGGCGACGAGGGCAAGGGAAAGUUGACCGACAUCCUUGCCCCUGAGGCACAACUUUGCGCCCGAGCUGCUGGAGGUCACAAUGCUGGUCACUCCAUUGUUGCCAAUGGAGUAUCUUACAGCUUCCACCUUUUGCCAAGUGGACUUAUCAACCCUAACUGCCUCAACUUCAUUGGCAGUGGUGUUGUUUUCCAUGUCCCAAGCUUUUUCUCAGAGAUGGCCGAAUUGGUAGAGAAGGGCCUCCCCUCCGUAGAGGAUCGUCUGCUCGUGUCGGAUCGUGUUCACAUCAUCUUGCAGCAGCACAUCGCUGUCGAUGGACUUGAGGAGAAGGAACUUGGAGACAAGAAGAUUGGUACCACAGGUAGAGGCAAGUCAAUCAUUACUCAGACUACGUCAGAAGCACGAGACGAAGGCAUGCGCGAGGUGUCGGCAGUCAUGAUGGAAUUUAGUCUUGUGUGCUUUGGCGCCCCUGGAGUCUCUCUGUGGUGGAAGUUAACUAACAUCGGAAACAGGCAUUGGCCCUACGUACUCAAAAGCCUCAGCAGUAAGCGAGAGGGCGUUCGUCUUGUUGACGUUUUCAACAAGGAGCUGUUUGACUCCAAGCUUCGACGCCUUGAAGCGGGUUACCGCAAGCGCUUUGGAGACCUUUUCGUAUACGAUGUCGAAGAGGAAAUUGCUCGAUUCGACGAAUACCGACCAAAACUCGCCAAGUACGCCGUCGACGGUGUAUCUUUCAUGAAGGCAGCCCAGGAGGACAACAAGAACAUCAUCGUUGAGGGAGCGAAUGCGCUGAUGCUUGACAUCAAGUACGGCUCAUACCCCUUCGUAACUUCGUCCAACACUACGAUCGGCGGCAUAAUCGGUGGACUGACCUUGAAUCCUAAGAACAUCACUGAGACAAUCGGUGUUGUGAAAGCUUACACAACCCGAGUCGGCCAGGGAGCUUUCAAGACAGAGGAUACUGGUGAGAUCGGAACCAAGCUCCAGGAGAUUGGACGAGAAUGGGGAACAUCCACUGGCCGCCGACGUAGGUGUGGAUGGCUCGACUUGGUCGUGGUGCGUUAUAGCGCUUCCAUAAAUUUCUAUUCUAGUCUGAACCUCACAAAGCUCGAUGUUCUGGACACAUUUGAGACGAUCAAGAUUGCCAUUGCCUACAAGGUUGACGGAGAGGAACUCGACCACUACCCCGCUGACCUCGACCUCCUGGAGCGCGCCGAAGUAGUGUAUCACGAGAUGCCUGGCUGGCAGAAGCCAACAACUGGUGCAAAGACUUUCUACGACCUUCCUAAGCAAGCUAGAGAAUACGUGGAGUACAUUGAGAAGUUUGUUGGGGUUAAGAUCAAGUGGAUUGGUACCGGUCCUGACCGCGAGGCCAUGAUCGCGCGCUCUUAA